UUUUGAAUGGCAGUAUUGAAGCAAAUGAUGAUGGCAAAUAAAUACAUUUUGGAAAAGUGACAGGUUAGGUUUGUUAUGUUAAAAACCUUUAAGUGCAAACAUGAAAAAGUGAGGCACUGAUAUAUCACUGACAUAAAAUAUAAACAAGGCUUAGUAAAUCAGUUCUUUAAAAAUCUAAAAAGUCAAUAAAUAUCUAUAUUGCUGUAUGAAAACCUUAGGGAUAAAAUUAGGUUAUUUGAAUUAAAGAAAGAUAAUGGGAACACAAAAGGGAUAUUUUUCUGGGAAAAAAAGGCUUGCUCCUGGACAUCGUCAGAAUGACGUUUAACAAGCUUAUUGGUUACCUUGCUGCAGCCUCCGCGGUUGUCAUAGUGACGGGACUGAAUUCACACUGAGCGCGUUUGAAAAUUAGCUAACAGGUUAGCUAUCUAGCUAAUGUGAUACCAUGUUAGUCAUUCACGCGAAUACUGGUGUGUUUUACUUUAUAAUAAAGCAGAAAUAAAACAACAGACGAAUAUAACAAAACUGUCUGUAUAAAGGGAUCAACGCGUCUAACGUGAUGUGUGAGUUGCAGUUUUUUUAAUGCACUGUAACGUUAAGUAAUUUGAAUUAAAGGGUCUUUCAGAUACAUAAGCGUAAUGUAAAGAUAUCCUGUAAUAACAGUUUUACAGCUAAAAUGAAUGAUGUUUCAUGGUUAUUGAGUAGUAUAAGAACUUGAGGCAACAUGUGUAAACUCUUACAUAACAUUGUGUUUUAGAAAAUUCAGUAAUUGCCGGUCAUGACCAGAAGGUGGGGAUAUAGACCGAGAAACAUUACAGCUCAUAAAAAACCAGAUGAGUGAGGAGACUGAGAAACAACACUGGGGUGAUACUGAGUGAUAUUAUGACCGAUUUAGGAGGAUAGAGAACAGGAAGAUGCUGAGGGUCUGCUGAAGUCCACAAGGGCAGGAGACCAGAGCUCAAGACUGAUGUUUGAGGAGCACAGCCUUAUCUCGGAAAUGAUACGAGACGAGAACUUCUUAACCAAUCAGAUCAACCUGCUAAAAGUGGAGAAUCAGCAACUGAAGGCAGCGCUGAGACAAGUGGAGCUCAGACUUAGUACAAUGGAGGACGAGCGAGUCUGUCGGCAAGUCACUCUCUCAGAGAAAAUCUGCAGCGUUCAUCAGCUUACAGCAGAGAAACAGCAGAUGAGCGCUGAGCUGGGAGUGAAGCAAGCGCAGCUCAUCCAGAUGAAAGAAGAGAAAGAUGCUUUGACUGAACUGAUGGGCCGUAAGAACGAAGAGAACCUUAAACUGAAGACCCAGCUGCAGGCCGUACAGGCUGAACUCAACCAGACCAGAAGUACUUUGAGAACAUUGGAGGGGUCUGAAGGCCAUGUUUCAGGUGUUAAGGUUGCACAGGGGAUGCAGAGACAGAUCACUGCUAAAAGAGAGCAGAUUGAUUUUCUGCAGGUCCAGAUUCAUCUUCUCGAGGAAACCGUAGAGAAGCUUACGCUGGAGAAGCAUCAGCAGGCAUUAGAGGCUCAGAGGCAGGAACAAGAGUUAAUGUCAGAAAGAGAGAUCAGGAAAACACUGGAAGUUGAAGUGAAGGCAUCACACGCACAACAGCAAGAGCUCAAAGACAAAACAGAGAAACUGGAGGCAGCAUUAUACAAGAUUUCUGACAGUUUUGCUGAAUGCCAAGAUUUUAUUCAAAAGCAAGAACAGGACAUUAUGAGGUUAAAACUGCAGCACGCUUUAGAUCUGAAGGAAUUGCAAAGCCAGAACCUGCGUAAUGUCUCCAGAUCUCCAGUCGGGCUUCAUCAGAGCAGUCUUAAGGACCUGGUGGAGCUAAAAGUUCGUGAACCCAGCAUGGGGCUAAAGAGGUUCGUAAAAGAGCGGCAUGAUGAUGAACAUGGACCACAUGCGGGCACAAGCUUCAGGAGAAGAUCUGAAGAGGACGGCCAGUAUAGACCUGAACCGAGCUCCUUCAGAAGCGCUGAUCAUGAUAAGCAGAAUCGGAACAGUAGAUUGAAAGAAGACUAUAACACAUUAGAUCUUGGUGUGGGACGGAUAUGCUGUGGGCGCAAAUCUCCUGUUUACGCUCUUCUCACCUCUGACCUUCCAGCUGAAGGAAACUAUAGGCCGGACAAUGAGCAUUAACACUUGCGCACCCAAUGAAGUGAUUUAUUGGACACAAUGCAGGAGACUUGUCAGUUUUACUCUGUCAUCAGGUGUCAACCAAGAUAAGGUAAAGACAUUUAUAAUGAGGAAUCAUGGUCAGCAUGAUCUCAGUUUUGUUUGUUUCAGAAACAGACUGAAGAAAAAAGUGCCUGCACUUCAUGCAUUUUACACAUUUUGAUUAUGGAAAUUAAGAUAUUUAUUUGGUUUGUGAUUCAAAUUGUUUUAUAGGAAAAGUGUAUCAUAAAGGACCAAGACACUACACAAGAAUGCAUAACUCUGCCUAAUUAAAAAAAACCUUUUUAUUACAUAUUUGAAGGUGUUGAUCAUAAACUUCACAUUUUUUAUUUAAUAAAAUCAUGCACUAGCUGACCUUAGGUCAGUUUUUUUAUAAAAAGGCCUUGAAACUCCCACCCGGAUGCAGCAUGUUUGUUUUUAAUGAAAAUUUUAUGAAUGAAUAAAAAACAGGAAUAGAGA